GGUAAAUGUUUCUAUUUUUGAAGAUCUCAUAUCCCGUCAUUUUAGGAUUGUAGCUUUCCUGUUGAAUUGUAUCCAAUUUUAUCAUGCAAGUAAGGUUUGAAUCGACAUAACAAGUUAAUUGUUGACCAGUAAAUAUUUAUCACUUUUCGCUGCCAUUUCAACCACUUCAAUACGAACGGACCCGGAAAGCUAAGGUUGGCAAAAUAUGACCAUGUCACUGCCAUUCUUACAGGAUUAAGUUAAACACGAAGGUACAAGGACUUACAGAGAGUGACCUUGAUUCACAAACAUGCGGCUAGCUCUCACCUGCUCUCACCCCUUCUUACUAUUACUAAGCCUAUUGGGGCUAUUCUAUCCUGAACAGAGGGGUCAGUGGACAUUUCCCUCCAAAAACAUUCCAAUCGCGUUGUACUAUUAAUACACAAUACUAUUGAAUGUGCUGCGUCGUAUGUCAAACUUUACAUAUCGGGCAACUUUGUUGUCAUCAUUUCAGAAACAUACUAAAAUCUAUUUGAAUACACCCCUAUCGGAAUGCCUUUAAUGGUACAGCCAUAUAUGCCGUGCGAUGAAAUACGACUCCCGUCUGCAUUAUUUCCUAUAAUUGCCGCAUUCUUUCCGGGGCGUUUUUUUCCACAACAAAGACUCGUGUGAGAGAACAAGUCUGCGCUUAUUACAGUUUAGCACGGGAUAAAAUUUGUGGAAUCCUAGCGACCAAAUCUCUAGACUGUAGAGAAACUGUAGGCGUAAAUCCCACGGUGGUGUUACCCAUUAAGUUGAGUGCGUCAAAUUCAGCUGUGCAAUGGUUUCAGGUCUUGGAAGAAUGUCAGUGACGUGACUCCUAGUUUUGAUACUGAUUGUACAAGUGAAAACAGGUGCGCCCUAUGUAAUCCAACAGGUGGUACAGGAGAAACACCUACUCUGAUUGGUGCAACCUACCAGCGCCGUGUGAAACAGAAGUCGUGAUUGGCUGAGGCGGUGUAGCGGGACCGCUAGGUGAGAGGGACGGGGACCGCACCCGGGUUGUCAGUCCUUCGGGGGGAGUGAGCCAUGGCACCGCGGGGGUUGCUGCGGUACAUAGCGGUGUUUGUCGGCUCUGUUUUCUUACUGAGUCUGCUGGCAAUGCUGCACAGAGUCCAUGACAACGACAAGGUAUCGAAGAAAAGCGGGAAAGCAAUUUUGGGAGGAGGUACAUUAAGACAAAUCAGCAAGGAAGAGAGGAAACCAGAAAUCCAAAAGCAUCUAUACAUCGGAGACAGUGAUGACAUCCUCACAGUUCAAUCCGCCUUCAACAUCUCGGACUUCGGGGAAGACCAGGGCGAGUCACUUGUGGCCAAUCAGAACCUGUCAAUGUACGAUGGCGACCCUUUUGAUGAGACAGUGACCAGUGAGGGUCUGCUGGUCACCAAAAUCCCCAAACAGCCUCCCUGGGCACUCAACAUGACAGAGGUGGCCAUCGCAAAGAAAGGUCUUCGGAAGUACUUCAAUGUGGUGAAAAGAAUAAGUCUGACAAAAAAGGAUGUCCAACCGGGUACCAUCAUGCACUUUGACCAGUCUCCGGAGAACUACGUCUUCUCCAUCUCCCCGAUGCUGUAUGACCUCUUACCGGAGAGGUCACCGCUCCAAGGCAUGCACCAUCGGAAAUGCGCUGUGAUCGGGAACAGUGGCAUCCUGUUGGACAGCGGCUGUGGGAAUGAAAUCAACAAGGCAGACUUUGUGUUCCGCUGCAACUUUGCACCAACACAAGGGUAUGAGAAAGAUGUGGGCACCAAGACUAACUUUACUACCUUCAAUGGCAGCAUCCUCCAGUACAGGUUCAAGUACCUUGCCACAGAAAAGGAGAGGCAGAAGUUCCUGAAGUUUGUUCAGGCGCUGGGGGAUGCCAUCUUCUGGAUGCCUGUCUUCACGUAUCACACCAACGCCAUCCCUGUACGCAUCCUCACCGACUUCUUCUGGGAGAACCGCAACAAGACCAACGUCAAGUUGGCAUGGCUGGGCAACGCCCUGAAAUGGAUCAAUGGGUACUGGAGAGUGAAACACCAGUUCAAGGCCUACCGCCUGACCUCCGGUGUGUUCAUGUACACUGUGGCACAGGCCAUCUGUGAUGAGAUCCACCUCUACGGCUUCUACCCCUUCCAUGAAGAUGAGGAGGGGCAACCCAUCCCCUACCACUACUACGAACCAAAGGAUGUCAACCAGACCUACAGUAAGGUCCACAAAAUGGACGCCGAACACUUGGUCCUCAGAAACCUCCAUACUAAAGGUGUCCUGAAGCUGACAACGAAAAAGUGCGACCCACAGGGCUCAUGGGAUAUCGACAAAUAUGAAAAAGUGGGGCCAUUUCCGUAUAGAAUACCACCAAAGAUAAGAACAAACCUAUAGUAUUGUUUCUUUAUGAUGUUGACAUAUAGAAAAUUGUGUUGCCACAAUAAAGAAUAGGAUAUUGAAUAAAGUUUUUUUGUCUUCAGAAAAAAGUUAUACUGUAAAUCCAAGUAACCAUUAUGAUGUGGAAAGCUUCAGAAAUCUGGAAAGGAUGGUGAAGAAGGUUGUAUUUGAAAGUAUAACAUGUUCAUCAAAUUGAUUUAUAUUGUAUUGUGCACUUAGUAAUACGAAUCUCCCAAUUGUAUGUUGUAACAGUUAGAUUACAUGUACAUGUAUGUUUUGAUUAGUAUUCUUUGGAUGGAAAUUUAAUGGAUGCAAUCAUGGUAAUUAUUGUUUUAUAAUGUUAAGUUUAAUAUGUUUAAUAUCCUGUGAGGAAUAUCAGUGAAUUCUGUGAUGUUGCAAUGCUUUGUAAAAGUAUUAUGACAUAGUUAAGAGCUAAUAUAAGGCAUGCCAUAUGCUAUAUGAAAAUGUUUUGUACAAUACAUAAUGGUUAUGUUGUAGAUUGUGAGGACAGCUUAUUGUGGUUAAACAAUAUGGAUGGACACUCCAGAUUAACUAUUCUAACUACAUUCAUCAGUAAGUGCAGUAAGUGCACAGUAAGUGCAGUUUCUAGUCUGUGUCAAUGCCAUGUUUGUUGGCACUCAAGCUGUUAUAAUGGAUACUUUGGGCGACAUCAUGUUUAUUUUCUGGUUCUCAAGUUCUGAAGAAACUAUUCUUGGAUAUACAUACCUAGUAUACAAGCUUUCUGUCAUUGCAAAUAAAUCAUAAACUUCACUAACAUCAUACUGCUUUUCUGACACAAUGUUGUUCUUUAUUCAAACUAUAUCAUAUGACUAUCUCCCCCACUUUUAUCUGCUUUGGAAACUAAUUUUGCCUCUGAGUCAACACGUGUACCGCCUUUAUCGGAUUCAAGGUAGAUCAGUCAGUUGAUGUUCAUGUUGUUCCAACUUCUGAGGAUCGUGACAGAAUCAUGAUGAUGUCAUUUUCUUCAACAAUCUGCAAUAAAGAGAAUGAUUGUCAACACUGA